CGCUCUUCGUAACGCAAAGCAAGAGAACGUGUAUCGAGAUCGAUGUGAAUAUUUUUUUUGUUUAUGAAAAAAAUUACAUAGAGAAAAAGUGUUCAAAUUCGUUUUCAUCACAAAUUCCUCAAAAAUUUUAAAAUGGCUGCAACAUCAGUGAUUGUUUUGGAUCGUUCAAACAACACGACCUGUACAAUCAAUCUUCACGGAGCGACAGUCGUGUCGUGGCGAGUUAACAACCAGGAGCAACUGUUUGUUAGUAAAUUGGCAGUGUUUGAUGGGAAGAAAGCUAUUAGAGGUGGAAUCCCAUUUGUGUUCCCACAGUUCGGUCCAUGGUCAUUUGGACCGAAUCAUGGCUUUGCAAGAAUAGUCAGAUGGACACUGGAGCGUGGACCAGAACGACUUCCUAAUGGUGAUGUCGAGGCUGUUUUAAGUUUAAUGGAUACAGAUUUCACACGAUCCAUGUGGAACUAUCCGUUUCGUAUCACAUAUCGCAUUAUCUUAAGAGAGAAAGAACUUCAUUUCCAUAUUGGAGUUUAUAAUCCAAGUAAAGAAUUGGCAUUUUCAUUUAACCUACUUCUUCAUACAUACUUGAAAGUUCCUGAUGUUCGUAAAUGUCAAAUUACGGGACUUCAUGGUUGUACUUUUAUCGAUAAGACGAGAGACGGUGCAAUUUACCAAGAAGGGCGUGAAGUUGCAACAAUUAAUGAAUGGACCGAUAGGAUAUAUCAACAUACAAGUCAAGAACACAUUAUUACGAAUGUUGUUUCCGGAAGAAAGAUGCGUCUACAAAAAUAUAAUUUUCCAGAUACUGUCAUCUGGAAUCCAUGGUUAGAUAAAGCUCGUGAAACGCCUGAUUUUGGCGAUGAUGAAUAUCCUAAUAUGGUUUGCGUAGAAGCUGGGCACGUGUCUUCACCUGUGCUGCUUCUACCUGGAACAGCGUUCGAAGCUUCUCAAAUUCUUCAAGUGAUUGUGAAUCCGAAAAGAUGAAAUUCGAGAAAGUCCCAGCGCCAAAAUCAAAAUCAGCCGCCACCUCAAUCUCAACAACAUCAACAGCAGCACGCUCCUGUUGCGCCACCAACGCAACAUUUGUCGUUCAAUCCGUACAUAAGAUAAGCUGUGAAGUCAUGUUGGGGAGACAACGUAAUUUCUUUGAAUUAAAAUAUUUAUUUAACUUAAUAUUCUCGAAAUAAUUUUUUAAUCGAUUCAAAGAAAUUAGCGGCUGCGCUCGGACUUUCUUAUUAGUUGAGAAUAUAAUAUUCUUAAAAUAUAUAUAUAAAAAAAUCUUCUUCUCUUCCCUUGUGGAAAAUGUUGUAAAAUGUGAAAGUAAGUAAUCGAAACGGACAAAAAACAAUUAAUUUGUAAAUGCACAAAAUGGAUGGAUGACGUCUACAUAGAAAUAAUUUAAACCUUAAAAAGACUUUGUCGAAGAUGACGUGAGAGUGUGAAACGUUUUUUUUUCUUGUUUUUGAUAUUAUCUAAUUAAUGAGAGGAAACUCAGGAUAGAAGUGAAAUUGAAAAUUAAUGAUAUUGCACAAUUAAAAAAAAAGAAAUUUAUCUUAACCGAAACGAUACCAAUUUUUUUGAUGUAUACGAAUGAAACAGAAUUAAAAUAAAAGAUAAAUAAAAUGAAAUAAAUUCUGAUCGAAAAUUUUCCAUGGAAAUCUAAAAUUAAUUUUUCCAAAAAUGAAAAAAUCGUCAAUUUUUCCAAAACAAUUAAGGGUUGUAAUAAUUGAUUCAAAAAUUAAGAUAAAAAUAUUAUGAAACUCGAAACAUGGAAGAAAUUUUAUUACCUACACAAUUUCUUUUAACGAUAAAACUUUUCUUAAUCACACCUAUUUUGGUUUUACAUGUAAAGAGAUAAAACGCUUAGCGGAUUUUUACAGGUUGUCAACUGAAAUAAUUUUUAAUGAUCGAACUUUUAAGAUCAAUCAACUGUUUUAUUAUGAAUGUACUUUUAACAAAUUGGAUGAUUGAUUGUUAUUGACAAACUUUUAUUAAAAAGAAACAAAAUUCUUCCAUAGAACCCCAAUAAUAAUAUUUAAAUAAUAUUUUCUAACAAAACGUCCUUCGUUCUAAUUGAAACAUAAAGUUCAAUGAGAAAACUCUAAGAAAAAGAAAAUUUGAAUUAAUUAAAAGUGUUGUAAAUGUUUUGAAUAAAGUUACUAAAUUUGAAAGCAUGAAGGUGAUUAUAUUGUUCUCAUAUAAUCAUCAAUAAAUUUGUAAAAACUUCUUUUUUUAAAAGAAAAUAAUAAUAAGAAAAAAG